AUGAAACCUAACUUGAAGCAAUGGAAACAACUCAUGCUGUUCGGGAUCUUCGCAUGGGGUCUGCUUUUUCUGGUGAUAUUCAUCUAUUUUACAGAUAGCAACACUGUUUUUUUUUGUUCCUUUUCAUACAUUGAAACUAAGAGGCUUCUGCCCCUUCAGGGCAAGCAGAGAGUCAUCAUGGGAGCCAUACACGAUCCAUCAUUCUCUGAAACCAUUGAUGGGAAUGAGGUACUUCUUAAUGAAGAUCUCUUAGGUACAUUUAAAUCGGGGACGGGAAGUAUUAAGAAAUGGACGGAUGUGGAAGAUGCCUUUAGAAGUGAAGAUGAGUUUUUUCCAUCCCAGAUAGGAAGAAAAUCAAAAAGCGCUUUCUACCAAGUGAAUGACGAUUAUUUAUUUGCUGCUGGUCAGCCUCGGUCACACAACCAUCUUCAACAAAUAGCAAAAUUCAUCUCAGCCGAUGAGGAUAAUCCAAAAGUAAAUAUUUUACACAACAACUGGAGCCACCAGAGAAGAAUGAGGAGAAGGAGCACAAAGCACCGGAGAAGCCAGAUGCUUGAUGAAUCUGAUGACUGGGAUGGGCUAUAUUCCACAAUGUCGAAAUCCUUUCUUUACAAGCUUUGGAAAGGGGAUGUCUCUUCCAAGAUGCUAAACCCUCGACUGCAGAAGGCGAUGAAAGAUUAUUUGAGCACCAAUAAGCAUGGGGUGCGGUUCAAGGGGAAACGAAACUCCAAGUUGACAGGAGACCAGCUAUUCUGCGAGCUAAAAGAAAGGGUGAAUGUGAAAACAAUAGAUGGCAAGGAGGCUCCCUUCUCCACUCUUGGAUGGGAAAAGCACGUUCCCCAAAUUCCACUGGGCAAAUUGUAUACACAUGGCUUUGGAAGCUGUGCCGUAGUUAUGUCUGCUGGUGCAAUACUGAAUUCUUCUCUAGGGGAUGAAAUAGAUUCUCAUGAUGCUGUUCUAAGAUUUAAUUCUGCUCCAACACAUGGCUAUGAAAAAGAUGUUGGAAAUAAAACAACUAUGAGGAUCAUUAACUCUCAGAUUCUCACCAACCCAAACCAUCAUUUUGUUGACAGCUCCUUGUACAAGGAUGUUAUCUUAGUAGCCUGGGAUCCUGCCCCCUACUCUGCAAACCUGAACUGGUAUAAGAAGCCAGACUACAAUCUGUUCACUCCCUACAUACAGCAUCGCAGGAAGAAUCCAAACCAGCCAUUUUACAUUCUCCAUCCAAAGUUUAUAUGGCAGCUCUGGGACAUCAUUCAGGAGAACACUAAAGAGAAGAUACAGCCCAACCCUCCUUCUUCAGGUUUUAUUG